AUGGCAGCGCGCGAGACCUAUCGGCCUGUGCAUUACGAGUGCCAGGACUUUAUACACUAUGUCAACCGCAACCAAUCGAUUGGAUAUGACGGCACAGCCCAACCGCGGAAGUACAUCUCUCUUGCCAGACUGCGAGAAUACUGGGACGAGCGGAAGAUUGAAGCGGUUCUUGGCCACUACCAAAUACAGGUCAAUAUCAAGACCAUCAGCGAGUUCUACUUGCGCGUCUUUUCGACCCUGGUUUACAUCGACUAUGCGGCCUGGCUAGAAGAUUUCACCGCGGAGCAACUGCAUGAUCAGAAACUACCUUGCGAUACCAUCCCCCCUCACUGGUUGGAAAUUCCCCACGCCAACGACAAGUGGAACAAGUUCAACAAGUAUCAAUGGGUGUUCUUCCCUUUCACGUUCAAUCCUAACCUCCUCCUGAACACACGACUCGAUCCUCAAAUCAUCUUGCCCUUGGAGCAGACACAGCUAUUGGUUGAUGGAAACACUGCGAGUGUACACAAGAUAAAAGUUCACCCCGAGUACAAUGAGUUACACAAGAAAUACCAAGGCAACGAGCACGACACGUUCGUACUCAAGACUUUCCUUGGCGAGCACAACCACCGACUGUUCGAAGCUGAAAAGCGAGCGUUGGUAUCACUCCAAAACAUACCUUCUGAACACAUCGUCACGUUCCACGGGUCAUUUCAGCAGGGCGAUAGGCGGAGCUUAAUCCUCGAACAUGUCGCUGGCGGAACUCUGCAAGACUAUUUAGAGCAAACUUCACCACCAACGAGAUUGGAAGACACUCAAGACUUCUGGACUAGUCUUUCAAACGUCCUCCAAGGACUGUUUCGCGUGCAUCAGCUGAGAAGUCAUGAUGAGCGAGCCGAUUACCGCAUUAUCCAUGGCGACCUCAAACCCGACAACAUACUGCUGUUGAAGGACUCGAACAACAACCCCUACAAGUUCACAGCCAAGAUCGCUGAUUUUGGGCUUAGCCAACUACGAGCUGUCAAAUCCGACGAACAGGAUCGUUUAGGGAUUGACAAGCAUGGCCAUCCAACCUACUCUGCUCCAGAGAGCACCCAUCACCAACGCUGGAUGCAAAGAGGCCCGAACAGAGUUUCUGAGGCUGUCGACAUAUGGGCUAUAGGCUGUAUAUUCAGUGAAGUUGCAGCCUGGAUACAUGACGGGGCUGAAGGGAUGUCGAGAUACCUCAAUAUGCGUCGUGACGAACUCCGCGGCCUGGCUACGUUCGAGGGCAGCGCAUACGGAGAUUGCUUCCACGAUGGCAUAAACAGAGCUCUCAAUGCUGUCGGCGACAUGCAUAGACGCAUUAGGGAUUCGAGACCAAAAUGGGACAGUGUGACAUACGAUAUACUCCGUGUUGUCGAAGAAUUCAUGCUUGCGCAGAAUCAGCAACAUCGUUGGGAUGCCAAGUCGCUUUUGGAAAAAAUCCAACAGAUCAUCUAUGCAAGUCAGACAGGCCAUCGAGCAUCUCUACCAAAUACUCAUACCAGCCCUUUCAUAACACCUGAGCAGAGACUUAUUUCCAGAAAUAGUUCGCUGGCUGACGGUGUCGCUCUACGCAACAUCCAAACCCCCGAAUUGCUUCUUUCGCCUGAGAAUAUGGUUUCAAGUCCGUCGUCGAAUCCGAUUUCCCCCAUAUCAACCAACAACCAACUGCCUUCACCUGUACGCAACAACCAGACACACGCGCAGCAAGAAUAUCCCUUGAGCAGACAAACCUACUUGACUUCACCCGAGGUAGCGAGUGUCCCCAUCGCUAAUGGCUCAGGUGACAAACCGAUAUCCAGGACACCUGUCGGCCAAUACUUGUCAAUUCAAGACGUCCUCAACUACCGUGAUGUCAAGAAAAAGAAGCUACCUGUUGCGGUCAGGAUUUCUGAACUAACGAACGAAUUAAAGAAGAUUCUUCGCAGCCGGGACCACAUAUUUUUCAUCGAGGACUCCCAAUCGAUGCAGCAACAUUCUGAGGCUGUCGUCCAAACAUUCACAGCUCUUUCGUAUCUCGCAAAACAAAUCGACGAAGACCACAUUGAGCUCGCUUUUGCUUCCAAUCCAACCAAAAUUCACACACACUCCAACACCAGCCCGCUGAUUGCGAUGCUCAAGAAGCACAAAUACGAGGGAGGUCAAAACAUGAUGGAAAAUCAACUUGGGGAGUUCAUUGAGAAAAGAGUAAUAAAGCGCCUACCUGGAGCUUCUCUUACGAACUUUCCCAGCAUUGAUUCUUUCCGACCUAAGAAGCCUUUGAGCAUUCUCGUGUUUACCGACGGUUGUUGGGGUGCAGGUCGGGACGAGGCCGGCGGUGUGGAGAAUCCUGUCCAGACCUUGAUGGGGAUAAUCAAACAACGGGGUCUUAAUAAGACUCGCAUUAUGAUCCAAUUCAUCCGUUUUGGUAACGAUCUUAAUGGUCUAAGAUACUUGAAGUAUCUAGAUGAUUUUGGCCGGAAGCAGAAGUGCGAUAUCGUUGAUACACGUUCUGCUAAUAGCAACGUCUACGCGAUGUUUGUUGGCAGUAUAAAUCCAGUCUUGGAUGAUGAUGAUGGUGAUGACGAUGGAGAAGACCCGACGAGCGGAUCUGAGCUUCAAGGAUGA